AUUCUCUCCUUAAAAUUUGAUAACUUCAAUGUCUUUGCCUAAAUGUUUACCCAAAUUAUUGUUUCUUUAUUUUAGUGAACUCUCUCAUGAAAGCAUUGCAGAACUUAAAGAGAAAUACAAUAAUGCAGUGAGCAAUGUGACGGACAGAGACGUGGGGGUGGGGCAGUCGGUAACGCUGCCACAUUAUUACCCCUUCACCUUGGAUGGCAAGAAGGUAACAUGGAAAAAGGACGGUUCCCCGGUGGUGCUGGAUAACAAUAACAUGAUGAACAGUAACCAAGAUCUGAUCUUGUCUAGGGCCAACAAAGCUGAAGAAGGAAUUUAUGAAGCUUACAUAGAUGACAAGAAGUUAAACACAGUAAAAGUGAAGUUAAUGGAAAAUAAGGAUGACAUGGAGAUGGCAUGGAAGGCCAGGUUUACAGAAUGGUGUGAGGAAUUUGACCGGAUCAAGAGAUAUCGCUGCUCUGGCUGCUGACAUGAUGAAAGAAGAAACAGACUUCAUCUUUAUACUUUGGAUAACAGUGGAUAUAAAAAUCUUAAGAUUUCCUUGUAUGAAAUCUGAAUACAUCUGUUAGAUAUAGAUAAGCCUAGUGAAUUUUUAGGGAUUCCCACACUUCCCCGAAAAUUUCCAUCCUUGUGUUGACCAUGUAAUUAACUCGACAUGGAAUGAUCGCAUAAAUGAUUGAAAAACUUCAUAACACAUCCACUUAAUUUAUUUAUUUCCAUAUCCGUGUUCUCUCUCUGCUGGAACAUUACAACAUUUGCCAUGUGAAAGCAGAGGUUUGCCCUCAUCAUUACCUAAAUCAUUGUGAGAUGAGAGCUGAAUCAUUGUAUGAUCCUAUGUGUACUGAGUUUUCUCUAAAGAGAUGAACUUUUUAAAUCCAAUGCUUGGAUCAGUGAGAUGUCUACAGUGUAUGUACUGAGGGACUGUACUCAGCAUUCAGAUGUGUCAAAUCUUACCUCAGUCAUACCCAAUAAAAUACUGAAUUACAGAGCUUCUCAUAUCCAAGACUACUCUAGUCAGAGAAGCAGAUUUGUAAUCGACCAUAAAUGGAAAAAAAAAUGGACAAAAUUUCAGAGACCAGGAUUACAAAGGGAGACGACUCAUCUGUGAUAGGAGUAGUAUGGUAGACUUCAAUCAAAAUAUAGUUACAACUCUUGUAGUAGCAGUUUGAUUUGAUUUUCUUUUUGUUUUUAGUGUAUAAUUAGUGCACUGAAGAUUUUUUUAUUCAUCCAGUGUGAUAGAAGUACUGUGUUUACAAGUAAUGUUAGAGUUGAAAAUCAUUCAUAUGUUUUUGACUCCUGUAUUAUUUGAGUGUGAAGUCUCACUUUGGUGUUGUACUGAUGUAAUAUAGGACUAAGCAUUUAACAAAGUUAACAGAAACUAGCUAGAAUUCAGUUUAUGUUUUAGAUUAAUAUGUCAGUCAGACAGAAUUAGAUAGAUUAUAGUUUGUGUCUUACUAUAUAAACAAUACAGUAAGCUAUAUGAAUAUAAGUAUGUACAUGCAAAUGAUACUGCCAUAAGCUUGCUCUUUGGGGAAUGGGCAAUAUUAAACUGGGUAAAUCACAUAAAAGGCUUCAGUAGCCUAGAUCUAGCUGUGGAUACCUUUUUUGUAGGUGAUUGCACACAAUAAUUUUGAUUUUUCCUGACCAGUUUUGAUUUUGAUUUUCUAUUUAAUUUGAUUCUGUGGUAAUUUUUGUCCAAGGUUUACUGUAAAUGUGCUUCUGUAUUUUUGUGACAUUGUAUUUAAUGGCAGCAGCAGUUUAACUCCAGUUAUCUGAAUUGUUGUGUCAUAGAGAGGGAUUCAUGUAGAUUUUUAAACAGUCACCUUAUUUUACACUAGAAGUUAUCAUGCAAAGAGAUGUACAUGUCAAGUCAAGAGAAUAUUGCCCCUGUAAUUAGCAAGUAGAAUAUUGCAUGAUUAAGAGAUUUUACAUUAAUUUCAGCUACAUAAAAAUUAUGGGAGUAGUGGAACUCCCUUUGAAAUUGCAUGAAAUUUCUUACUUUUAUUAGGGAAUUUUCAGUGCUCCAUUGAUCUGUUAUUUAUAAGUAGUGAAGGAGUCUAAUUUAUAGGGUUUCUUGGCACUUUUAUACUUGUACAUGGAUUACGGUUUAUAUUAACUAGAAUUGUUCUACCUAUGCAUCUUUGUGAAAAAGAACUUGAAUCGCUGUGCAUUUUUUAUCAAAAGACCAAGGGUUGAUGUUUGAUUCUUAAUUAGCAGUAAAGGCAUCUGAUUUUUGCAUACUUGGUGCUUAUGAAAUUGCAAUUGUAGAUACCCCAUGUCCAUGAGUGAUGAUACUGGUGCAAUCUUACAUACAAACCUUAUUACAUCUAAAUGGACUUCACUUUUUGCCAAUACUUGUCAAAUAAAUAAAAUAUUUUAUUUUAUUUAUUUUAUUUUGAUAAUUAGUGUAUCAUCAUUAUGUAUCCUUUAUGUGCAAUUUUGAAGGCAACUGAAAUUUUAUCCCUGUUCACGUGUCUUUUAAGAUUAAGUUAAAUACGCAGGAUGCUGAGCAGUGUUAGUUAGCCUAGGCUAGUUUUAACAGAUCAGUCUCCAAUUAGAGGUGCUUUAAUCUGAUUACAAAAUCAUUAAUUGUAGUUCUUGUCAUGUAGUAAUGUUGAGAAGAACAUCAAACUGUAUUAUUUUACACAAGUAUUUAAAGCAUUUACUGGGAAUAUACAAAAAAUAAAAAUAAUCUUUAAAACAGUAUUCUUCAAAUAGAUCUGAAAUCCUGUUGGAUGACAAAAAAUUCGUAAGGCAUUUACUUGUAAGGUUUUUUUAUGACAUGUUUGUUUUUGAAGUGUACAUUGAAAAUUUUAAAUUACACUAAAUUCUAGUAACUUUUGUCAUAUGAUUAUUAACUAGUAUUUUGUCACAGGCACCUGACAUUACUUAUUUUUCUUAUAUAAAAAAAAUUAACCCUGUACCUAGUACUAAUUUAUUAUAAAGUAUGGGGUUAUUAUUUUUUUAGAAGAAAAAUGUCAUGCCAGGUGCCUGUGUGUUUUGUUCACAAUAACUAUAAACAAACUAUGUAAACUUUAUUAAAUCAUUUCAGUGUUUUUUGUUCACAAUAACUAUACAAUCAAUUUAAAAUUUAUUAAAUCAUUUACCUUUGAAAUGCUUAAUGUGUUUGGGCCAGUUUUUAAACUAAUUGAUGUAGGUGAGCUGUAUUAAUGUUUGUUUUAUUCAUUAAAUAAAUGCUAUUUUAAUUCA